AUGUCCAUCUUGCCCUCACAAACCCAAGCACCAUCUUCGUCCUCUUCCUCUGCGCCAUCUUCCAGCCCUAAUCCCCAACAUGGCAUCGGAAUCCCUAUUCCUCAACAAUCCUUCCCUUCUCUCUCCCCCCCACUUCACCACGCUCUCGGAUCUCUACAGAUCUCCGAUAACCCAGGUUCAUCUACUCAAGCUGCUGAAGAAUCUGGUGGACCUUCCGGAAAGGUGACAGAAUUAGGGUCUCCAAGUGGAGCGAUGAUUUCACCUCAACAAAACUCUAGAACACGUUCUAGGAGUCACGGGGGAAGACGGGCGGGAAUGGUUUCUUCUCACAGAAACCAACAAGCUCAUGGGUCCAUGAGUUCUCAUGGAAGUACCCCUUUGGCAGGGAGAAAAGCUCAGACUGUGAACGGAAAUUACUUGCUGAAUUUUCAAUAUGACCCUAUAUCCCGUUCUCAACCACGUGGUCCCCCUCCCCACCCUGCAACAAGAAGGAAUUGGAAGAGGAAGCCAUAUAAUAAAGAUUUGUUUUUGCAGGCAAAUUACAAGUUCAUGGUUCUAGAUUCGGGAAAUUAUUCUCCUGAGUCAAUGGAUCCAGAUAAAAUGUUGCAGUGGGAAGAUAUUAUAUGUGUGACAUAUUUGACUCCCUUUUCAAUUCAGUGUCCAAUUUGUUUGGAGUAUCCACUGUGUCCACAGAUAACCUCAUGUGGACAUAUUUUCUGUUUCCCAUGUAUUCUACAGUACUUAAUGAUGGGUGAAGAGGAUCACAAAGGUGAUAUCUGGAAAAGGUGCCCUUUGUGCUUUGUGAUGAUAUCUGCCAAGGAUUUAUAUACAGUCCACAUCACCAAUGUUAAACAGUAUCAAGUAGGAGAAAAUGUUGAGUUCACCUUUUUGACUCGAAAAAAAGAUUCGUUUACUCUUUCACAUAAAAAUAAAAAAGAGACCAAUGUAGCAGCAUGUGGUAAUGGAUAUUUCUGCGAUCCCUUUUCUAAGUUUACUCUUACAUCAGAUGUAGAUCUCUCAGUAAGACAUUCAAUAUCAGAUCUAGAUGGUUGGCUGGCCAGAGCUGAUUCUGGUCUCGUUGAUGACCUGGAGAAGCUUCCUUAUGUUUGUGCUGCAAUGCAACAACUGGAACAGAGGAAGAGGUAUUGGAAUGAGCAAAAGUCUCAUGACAGUGAAAAUUCUAAGUUUAUUGAUCAUGGACAUCAGAUACCAUCAACGGUUACAUGUUCUCUGGAUACUGAUGAUGAAAACUAUGGAUCGAGAACUUCCUCUACUGAUUACCAUAACCAAAUUAAGGUUACCAUGCUGGAUAAGUCAUCUGCUGGAACCUGUUCAGAUGAAACUUUGAAUGUGGAGAAAGAAUUAAUAGAGCCGGAAAUGAAUUUUUCUUCUUCAUAUGAGGAGAAAAAUGGUAUCCAAAGGCCUUCAGAUGAUGGUGUUGCUGGAGAAGGGAAGGGAAAUGAUUCAUACAGUUUCUACCAGGCUGCUGAUGGUCAGCAUUUAAUUCUUCAUCCUCUGAACAUGAAGUGUUUGCUCCACCAAUAUGGGAGCUAUGAUAUGCUUCCACACAGAAUAAAUGGAAGGAUUCUACAAUUGGAGACAGUUACUCAGUCUGAGGCCAUGAGGAGGCGGUAUCGAUUCCUAAGUCAUUUUCCGUUAACCACAAUAUUUCAGCUCUGUGAAGUUGAUUUGAGUGAGUUGUUACCUCCUGAAGCACUGGCUCCAUUUAUGGAUGAAAUAAAGAAACGUGCAAAUCAGAGGAAGCAACUUGCAAAAAAGAAUGCCACAAAGCCUUCUAAUUGCAAGUCAAUGCUGGCUGUUUUUGCUGCUGUUUGUUGUACUGUAACGUCUUUUAUGGCACUGAAAGAAUCCACAAAGCCUUCUAAUUGCGAGUCAAUGCUGGCUGAACGGAAGGAAAAGAUAAGGGCUGAUGCUACUGAUACCUACUCCUUUCCCAUAUCAUUGAGUAGUCGGCUUACAUCUCGUGAUGAUCCUCCAACAUUCUCCAUGGAUGACUUUGAAGCUCUAGGAAAUUCAACUAUAUCCUCAAGUGCUCCCAUAGCUGGGGAGAGAAAAUCGUUCUCAAAUGUCACAAGGCUUGGGUUUGCUGCUGCCCAUGAUUCUCCAUCCUUGCAAAUUCAAGAAACUAAUGGUUCGAGAAGCGGGGAGACACAGUCAUACUCCAACGUUAUAUCAAGAGCAGAAUCAAAUAUAAGCUCGAGUGCACCGAAGACUAAUGAGUUGGGGAAGAAAGGAAAGAAGCCAAAUCGAGUUCUUCUGUCAACAGCUGGAGGUAGACGUUAUUGA